GGGUUUUCACUGUGCUCUCUCACUCUCUCCUCGUUUCGGGACCGGCUAUGGAGUCUCCAAAGCAUUCCUUGAUUCCCAGCUUCCUCUACUCCUCCUCCUCCUCCUCGUCCUCCGCCAGGUCUCUUCUUCUCGACCAGAUGCUCAACAACUCCAACCCCAAAUCUCCUUCGCCGCCGACGAUGCUCUCUCAGAAGAAUUUUCUUAUCGCGUCCCCCACUGAGCCCGGAAAGGGUAUCGAGAUGUACUCCCCGGCCUUCUACGCCGCCUGUACCUUCGGUGGGAUCCUCAGCUGUGGUCUCACUCACAUGACCGUUACUCCUCUCGAUCUUGUCAAGUGCAAUAUGCAGAUUGAUCCUGCAAAGUACAAGAGCAUUUCCUCCGGCUUUGGAGUUUUGCUGAAAGAACAAGGAGCCAGGGGCUUCUUCCGUGGAUGGGUCCCUACUUUGCUUGGUUACAGUGCUCAGGGUGCCUGCAAGUUUGGUUUCUACGAGUUUUUCAAGAAGUACUACUCUGACCUUGCUGGACCUGACUACACUGCCAAGUACAAAACCCUCAUCUACCUUGCUGGUUCUGCUUCUGCUGAGAUUAUUGCUGAUGUUGCCCUUUGCCCUUUUGAAGCUGUCAAGGUCCGUGUUCAGACACAGCCUGGAUUUGCCAGGGGAAUGUCUGAUGGAUUUCCCAAGUUUAUCAAGUCUGAAGGUCUUGGAGGUUUGUACAAGGGAAUUGGUCCACUCUGGGGACGUCAGAUUCCUUACACAAUGAUGAAGUUUGCUUCUUUUGAGACCAUUGUGGAGAUGAUCUACAAGUAUGCAAUUCCGAGGCCAAAGGACCAGUGCAGCAAGGGUCUACAACUAGGGGUGAGUUUCGCAGGAGGUUACGUUGCUGGCGUCUUCUGUGCUAUAGUCUCUCAUCCUGCUGAUAAUUUAGUGUCCUUCCUCAACAACGCCAGAGGAGCAACUGUUGGAGAUGCUGUGAAGAAGAUAGGGCUGUUGGGUCUAUUCACAAGAGGGCUCCCUCUACGAAUUGUGAUGAUAGGAACAUUGACGGGAGCACAGUGGGGUAUCUACGAUGCUUUCAAAGUCUUUGUUGGCCUCCCAACCACUGGUGGUGUUGCUCCAGCGGCUGCCAUCACUCCUGCUGAAGCAAAGGCUUAAACAAUGACGAAGAACAAAGGGUCUCUUACGUU